ACUGCUGACUGGCAUUUUUCUUGUAUUUCAUAUUCUUUUCACCUGAGGACGGCCAGCUACGUGUGCUUCGUGUUUUCUACCUUCUGAAAAUUGACCUCAGGUCACCUUAGACGGGCUUGGACGGCCGUCCUAAUCUCAAAAGCGAACAAACCCACCCUUGGACCAUGGAGAUUGAAGUACUGAGCACCAGCGGCUCAAAACCUGUAGUGACCUUAACUGGUCUUGCACCUUCGACAACCAUCAAGGAUAUCAAGGAGCAAAUCUACAGGAAGAAAAAGAGCCUUUACCCUGACAGACAAUCCAUCCGACUCGAAGUGAGAGGUUCGAGUCUCAAAGAAAGUGAACCGAUUUCCUCAUUUGGACUAAAAAACGGAGCCAAGCUGUACCUCAAGGAUCUUGGACCACAGAUUGGUUGGAAGACUGUUUUCCUUGCCGAGUAUGCAGGACCACUGUUUGUCUAUUUGUGGUUUUACACAAGGCCCUGGUACUUCUACGGCGAAGCGGCGGCUUCUCAGCCGUUCUCACAAUGCGCAAAGAUUGCUGCCAUUUGCUGGUCUGUCCAUUACGCCAAGCGUCUCCUGGAGACGCUCUUCGUUCACCGCUUUUCACACUCCACAAUGCCCUUCUUCAACCUCUUCAAGAACUGCUCGUACUACUGGCUGUUCACCGCCUACGUCUCGUACCACGUUAACCACCCUCUUUUCACUGCCCCCAGUGACACUCAGAUGUACAUCUCUCUUGGAGCCUUCGCGCUUUGUGAAUUGGGAAAUCUGAGCAUUCACGUUGCCCUUCGUAACCUUCGUCCACCUGGCACCACAGUUCGCAAGAUUCCCAUGCCCACCUCUAACCCGCUGACUGGACUCUUCAAUUUAGUCUCCUGUCCGAAUUACACUUAUGAAUUCGGAAGUUGGGCUGCAUUCACAGCAAUGACUCAAUGCUUGCCUGCUGGUAUUUUUGCUCUUGCGGGGCUUUACCAGAUGACCGUGUGGGCCAUUGGAAAGCACAGGCUUUACAAGAAGGAAUUCUCUAACUACCCUAAAGGACGCAAAGCUAUUCUUCCCUUCUUGAUUUGAAACAAAUCAGCUUGUACUGCUAUUUUAGUCUCUCUAAAUUUUUGUUAUUAUUAUAUCAUCGAAUUGUAUUCAUUGCAGUUUUACUUUUCGCAGUGAAACUCUUGUUUGGGCAUUAUUUAGUCUCCCAUUUUUUGUAGGUAAUGCAUAAUGGAAAUUAUAAUUUGUUAAUUUUCAUUAACGACCAAUUUAGUGCAUACAGGUUUUUCAUUCCAAAGGUUAAUUUUCAUCUUUAAUAAUGCUGUGCUCAAUGUAUAGAGAUUUGUUUAUUUGUCAUUAAAAUUUGUGGAAUAAGGUUUGCCAUAAUGGUGUUCUAAUACUUUUUGUUUAUUAAGUUGUGUUAUUUUAUUCAAUAAAAUUCCUGGAUCUUCUUAAAA